UGGUGCGUCUUCUCUGGUGGUUUUGAACCAGACUCAGCAGCUUGAUGGGAUUGGGAUAAGGAAGAAAAGUAUCAUAGGUAUCAAGAACAUCAAUGUAUAUGCAUUUGCACCGACUCAAAUAACAAACGUGCUGUCUGAGCUCAUGAGCGCUGCUUACUGCCACUUUGAUCUGAUGUGCUCUUCUCCAUCCUCAGACUCCAUUAUUCUGGCCUGGGGUUCUGGCGAGGAUGGACAGUUGGGCACUGGCAACUCUGAGGAGAAAGAAUGGGUCUGCAGUGUUAAAACUCUGGAGGGAGAGAAUGUGGUGGUGGUGGUCGCUGGUAGCAGGAAUUCUCUUGCAAUCUGUGAUGAUGGGAGGCUUUUUACAUGGGGUUGGAACCAGAGAGGCACCUUGGGCCACCCUCCAGAAACGAAAACUGAGAGCAUUCCCAACCAGGUUAAAUCUCUGAGCCAUGUGAAGAUUGUUCAGGCAGCAAUUGGUGGGUGGCACUGUUUGGCUGUGGAUGAUCAAGGCCGUGCCUAUGCUUGGGGUGGCAAUGAAUAUGGGCAAUGUGGUGAGGAACCCGAGCGCAAAGAUGAUAAUAGUAAGGCUUUGAGAAGAGAUAUUACAAUUCCUCAACGUUGUGCCCCCAAGCUUUCUGUUUGCCAGGUUGCUGCUGGAGGUACACAUUCUGUGGUGCUUACAAAUGAAGGACAUGUCUGGACAUGGGGUCAACCAUGGCCUCCAGGAGAUAUAAAACAGAUUUCUACUCCUGUAAGAGUGCAAGGUUUGGAAAAGGUGAGGCUGAUUGCUGUGGGUGCAUUUCAUAAUCUGGCACUUUUGGAGAAGGGAACAUUGCGGGCAUGGGGAAACAAUGAGUAUGGCCAACUGGGGACUGGUGAUACCCAACCAAGGUCACAACCAAUUUCUGUUCAAGGGCUCUCUGACCUUGCUCUGGUUGAUAUUGCUGCUGGAGGAUGGCAUUCUACUGCACUGACAGACAGCGGAGAGGUGUAUGCUUGGGGAAGGGGAGAACAUGGUAGGCUUGGUUUUGGUGAUGACAAGAGCAGUAAAAUGGUUCCACAGAAGGUCCAACUUCUUGCUGGAGAGGUUGUAGCUCAGGUCUCUUGUGGAGGCACGCACUCAGUCGCCCGUACAUGUGAUGGCCGGAUAUACUCGUUUGGGCGAGGGGAUCAUGGACGUUUGGGAUAUGGAAGGAAGGUAACUACAGGGCAUCCAAUGGAAGUACCCAUAGACCUGUCUCCACCAAGUAAUGCAGAAAAUACAGAAGGGAGCUGGUUUGUUAAACUUGUGGCGUGUGGAGGGCGGCAUACUCUCGCUAUUACCUCCUGGACUAGUGAAACUGAGGCAUCAGCAUCUGAAUCGAAUUAAUAGUAGAUACUACUGUUUAGUUACAAUUCACAUGAGGGAACAUCAUAUGAGAAAAUAGCCUUUGGAUUUUGAGGACAAAUUGUUUUUGCCCCAAAAAUAGCUCACUUUGUGCUAAAAUGAACAACUGUCAUAAAAUGACAGUAAUGCAUAAGUUGUAUCGUGUUCCCCUUCUUCAGACAGUAGUAGUUUCUUGUGA